AUGGCCUCCAAGAAGGAUUCAAAGACCAAGGUCCCAAUCCAGCCUGUGCCGGAGAAGAGGGGAUACGAGUUUGCAGGGCCAAUCGGCGCCUUUGGAAUCGUGUUCGGCCUCCCUCUCCUCGUGUACAGCUUCAAGUUCCUGUGCAAUGAUGUCUCUGGAUGUCCGGCUCCCUCGCUCCUCAGCCCCUCGACCCUGACCCUCGACACCCUCAAGGCAGAGAUUGGGUGGCCGGAAGGAGGCAUCACGGCGCUUUAUGAUUCCCAGGUUAUGCUGUGGGUGGUGAGAUACUACCUUGUCAGUCUCUUAAUGCAGGUGUUUCUGCCUGGAAGAGAGGCCGAGGGGGUUCCUCUGGCUUGCGGAGGACGACUGAAAUACAAGUUCAACACAUUCCUAUCUGCUAUUCUCACACUGUCCGGCCUUGCAGUAGGAACCUACCUGUAUGGAUCUGAUUUCGCCGUGUGGACCUUCAUCUCGGACAACUACCUUCAGAUUCUGACGGCGAAUCUGGUCAUUUCAACCUCCAUCGCCCUCUUCGUGUACGUGAGAAGCUUCUCUGUGCCUAAUCCUGGUAGCCCGAACCCAGAGCUUCGUGAACUCGCUCCUGGCGGCCACACAGGCAACGUGUUGUACGAUUUCUUCAUCGGCCGCGAACUCAACCCUCGUAUUCGUCUGCCCAUCCCCUUUGUCAGUGAGACAGCGCGGACGAUCGAUAUCAAGGUCUUCUGUGAACUGCGGCCCGGGUUGCUGGGAUGGUUGAUUCUCAACCUGUCGCAUAUUGCGUACCAGCACCGGACCUACGGCUACAUCACGGAUUCGAUCGUUCUGGUGACGGCCUUCCAGGGUUUCUACGUCCUGGACUCCUUCUACAUGGAACCUGCUAUCAUGACCACCAUGGACGUGAUCAUGGAUGGGUUCGGCUUCAUGCUCUCCUUUGGUGACCUGGUCUGGGUGCCCUUCCUCUACGACACUCAGGCGCGCUACCUGGCAGUGUAUCCGCUCGAGCUGGGUGUGCAGGGUAUCGCCGUCGUGCUGGCCUUUGCCGCAGUGGGCUACUACAUCUUCCGCGGCGCCAACAACCAGAAGAACCGGUUCCGCACCGACCCCACCGACCCGCGCGUCAAGCACCUUAAAUACAUCCAGACCGCCAGCGGCUCCAAGCUACUCACCUCCGGCUGGUGGGGAUGCGCGCGCCACAUCAACUACCUGGGCGACUGGGUCAUGUCCUGGGCAUACUGCUUGCCCACGGGUCUCGCAGGUUACGCCAUCAUUGAACACCUCAACCCGGCCACCGGCGAGCUCCAGAAACAGGCCGUGCAGACCCCCGAGGUGCGCGGCUGGGGUGCCAUCUUCACCUACUUCUUCAUGCUCUACUUCGGUAUCCUCCUUAUCCACCGUGAGAGCCGCGACGAAGAGAAGUGCAAGAAGAAAUACGGCGCCGACUGGGACAGAUAUACCUCCAUUGUUCGCAGUCGGAUUAUCCCAGGCGUCUACUAA